AAUGGCAAAUUGCACGCAGGGAAACAAGUUCAAUUGAUGUUAAUGUGAACCACUCAUGUGACAAAACAAAAAAGUGGAUGUUUUUAGGAAAAUAAUGAUAAGCCAAGUUGGAAGAGAACUAUACAAAGUACCGCACCGGAUUUUAGAUCAUCGCGUAUUUGUUAACGGCGAAAUCGAAUCAUUUCUCGACAACUUCGAGGUAAAACGGAACGACAGCGAAGUUGAGACGCUUUUCCAGGUCACUGAAAUUGUGGGCUCGCUUAAAUACGAUCUGUCAGAACGCUACAUUACAUUAGGUAACCAAAACCUAAACGAACUUUCAGCUGAAGUCAAUAAACUACUUGGAGCCGUGGACGAGCUGCUAAUCAAAGCUAAAGUUGAGCGACCACCAAGUGAACAGCUGGUGCAGGCAAGACACUCACGUGAGAUACGUAAGGCAGAGUUUUUGAACAAUCUACAGCACGGCUAUAAACGCAUUGAUAACUCUUUUGAGGAAAAGGAGGAGGAAAUUGCCGAACUUUACGCGGAUCUGCAACUAAAACUAAAUAUUAACAAGUAAAAAUCGUCGCGAUGUUGAAG